AUGGGUAAGAACGUGUUGAAGUACGGUGGUAAAUCUGGUGUUUUACCAAAACCUCGUCCAAUUUUCAAAACUCCAAUUCGUCAACCAAACAGAUUUGAACAACAACAAUUAGCAAAAAUUGAAGAAGGGUAUGCCGAAGGGGUUCCAGUUCCAAAAAUAAAUGGGAAACCAAUUCCACGUAUGCCUAAGAGACCACAAGUUAUUACUGUUGAACAAAGAAUAAAAUGGAAUAUCGAUGAUUUAGAACCAAAGAAAGUGAAUUAUAAAGGAUUAACUGAAGAUCAAAAAUGGAAGAUGAAUAGAGAUCAGAUUCGUCGAGACUUUUUAAGAGAAGCAUAUUUGAAAGAAGCUGAAAGAUUGAAGAAGAUUGAUGAAUUGACGGAAACUAAAAGAAAGAAUGAUUUAGAAGCUGCGGAAAGAGCCAAACAGGAAAUAAAAUCUGAACAUAUUGAAUUAAGUAUUCCUACAAUUGAAAAAUUAUUAGAGGGGAAAAUGGUGAAAAUAUCCAGAACUCGUGAAGAGAGGCAACUUCGUCAAGCUAAAAAGGAUUUAAAUAGAAGAUCCCAUGAAUUGAUUAGUAUGGAAAAUCAAGCUGAACAAAUUUUGGAUUUAUAUCAUGCUUCAGGUAAAUUCAUUACUACUAUAGAAGAAUUAGAAAAGGCUAUACAUCAAGCAUUUGAGGUUGAUGUUGCAGCAUUUGAUAGUAGUGUGUCUACCGUUCAAUCUAGAUUGUUUAGACCUAGCGCUUCUAGUACUCUAGUUUAUGAAACUAGUGAAUCAAUGAUUGUGGAUAAAGUAUUAGGUGGAAUUAAUGGUAAACCAGGGUUAGAACAAGUUAAAGAAGUAUUAAGUGGUGAAAGAGAAGAAUUUAGAAGACGUGCUCAACUUCAAGCUUCUGCUCAAGCUUCUUCUUCUACAGAAAAUUAA